AAUCGAUCGACGAGACCCGCGCUCUGCUAGCAGCGAGCUAUCCGUCUCUACUCGCCUGGCACAGCAGCACGUCUCCGCUCGUCCUCUGGAAAAAUGGCAACGACAGUGAAACUGAACACCGGCGCACAAAUGCCCAUUGUGGGGCUGGGGACCUGGAAGUCUCCCCCUGGCAAGGUCACGGAGGCGGUGAAAGCAGCCAUCACAGCGGGCUACAGGCACAUCGAUGGAGCAUACGUCUACCAGAACGAGACGGAGGUGGGAGAGGGUGUUGAUGCCAUGAUCAAGGCCGGCGUGGUCAAGAGGGAGGAUCUUUUCAUUGUUAGCAAGCUGUGGUGCACUUUUCAUGCCAAGUCAGUGGUGAGGCAGGCUUGUGAAAAGACCCUCAGUGAUCUGAAACUGGACUACCUAGACCUCUAUCUAGUGCACUGGCCCAUGGGUCUCAAGCCUGGCAGUGAGCUUAUUCCUCUGAACGACGCAGGAGAGACGAUCAAUGACGAUACGAACUUCCUGGAUACAUGGGAGGGAAUGGAAGAGCUGGUGGAUGCUGGUUUGGUCAAAGCUAUCGGUAUCUCCAACUUCAACAAGGCGCAGAUUGAAGCCAUCCUCAACAAGCCAGGCCUCAAGUACAAGCCGGCCAACAACCAGGUGGAGUGCCAUCCAUACCUGACCCAGGAGAAGCUGAUCAACUACUGCCACUCUCAGGGCAUCUCUGUGACAGCUUACAGCCCCCUGGGCUCCCCAGACAGACCCUGGGCUAAACCUGACGACCCCUCACUGCUGGAGAAUUCAGAUAUUAAAGCCAUUGCUGAGAAGUACAAGAAGACACCCGCUCAGGUCUUGAUCCGCUUCCACGUCCAGAGGAACGUGAUUGUGAUCCCGAAGUCGGUCACACCUCAGCGCAUUCAGGAGAAUUUCCAGGUGUUUGACUUUGAACUGAAUGAUGAGGAAGUGAAGACUAUAUUGGGAUUCAACAGGAACUGGAGAGCUUGUCCCAUGCAAUGGGGCAUAAAGCACAAGGAUUACCCAUUCAACGAUGAAUUCUGAAAUAAUAAAUGCAGAUUUUUUUUCCACACGUUUACAGUGGGUGCUGGGGCUUCCUUGUCUGCUCUCUUGUCUGCUUACUUUCCUGUUCAUUAGAGCAGCUUGCAGUGCUGGUGUGGCCUUGCAUCUGAUUUUCAUGUUACAUUUGUCAAGAGAAACCUUGACAUCUGUUAUUACCCGUUUUUUCUCUAUGAAAGCUGGUAACCAGAUUUACAAACACUCCAAAGACCUGAGGUCAUCGUCCAGUUUCUGAGCUUAUUGUCAUGUAGAUUACUUCGAGGUCUGUAUUGUUACUGAAGAACAUGAUGUGUGCCAUAUAAGUACAGAGGCAAUAUUUUUUUAUGUCACAGACAGUUCUAAGUUAGUCCUAAGAACAUAAAAAGCAAUUCAAAGUGUUGUCAUUUGUUUUAAGCUCAGAGUUUAAGUCUAAACAUAUUUUUUAUAGCACAAAUUGGGUUUGAGGGAUUCAUCUUAUGUCAAAGCACUCCUCAUGUUACUAAACAUGUUUUUUCUAAGUGUUUCAUUGUCUAAUCAAGUAUAUUUUUACCACUUGUGCAGAGAUAUCAGGGCCUUAGCAUAUAGAUUUGACUGAACAGUCAAAGCACUAUUAUCUCAGUCAAAUACAGAACAAAUUACCUCGAUUUGUUUUAGGAUGACAAAGUACUUCCCACUGUCACUUGUCGCAAGUCAUACAUGGCACUUUCUUAUCAUGUGUAUUAACCCUGUUAUGAAAUAUUUGCUUUCACUUCCCAUGUGAGCUGUUUUUGUUACGUGCUGAAAAAAAGUCUUGUGGGGGAAAAUAAAACAAGCUGGUGUGAGUUCAUCA